AUGGCCGGUUUAGAUUUAGGCACUACUUCUCGCUACGUUCACCAGCUCCACCAUAGACCCGACCUUCACCUCCAGCAUCAACCUGAUCAUGAAGACCACGAUUCCAGGGCUGUAGGCAGUCUUGGAGGUGGUAGUGGUAGUCUCUUUUCGACUGACCACCACCAAGACGAUGGCUCGCACCAAGGCCUUGACCUUGUUGCUGCGGCGGCCAACUCCGCAGACAUAGUGGCCCGUAGGCCUCGAGGCCGUCCACCUGGUUCUAAAAACAAACCGAAGCCUCCGGUUAUCAUUACUCGCGAGAGUGCCAACACACUGCGUGCCCACAUUCUUGAAGUAGGAAGUGGGUGCGAUGUAUUCGAGUGCGUGGCUAACUACGCGCGUAGACGGCAGCGUGGGAUUUGCAUACUGAGCGGAGCAGGGACAGUAACAAAUGUUAGCAUCAGGCAACCAGCUGCAGCAGGAGCUAUUGUGACUCUCCAUGGAAGAUUUGAGAUCUUAUCUCUCUCUGGAUCUUUCUUGCCACCUCCAGCCCCGCCAGGCGCGACGAGCCUCACAAUCUUCCUUGCUGGGGGACAAGGCCAGGUGGUGGGAGGAAGCGUGGUAGGAGAGCUUACCGCAGCAGGGCCAGUUAUUGUGAUUGCAGCAUCGUUCACAAACGUAGCAUAUGAGAGGCUGCCUUUGGAUGAGGAUGACCAAUUGCAGAUGCAGAGUGGUGGCGGGGGUGGAGGUGGUGCCGGUGGUGGUGGAGUUGGGAAUAGUCCUUUUAAUGAAGGUGGAGCACCUUCCGGGGGGCUGCCGUUCUUUAAUUUGCCGCUUAAUAUGUCACCUAACGUGCAGUUGCCAGUGGAUGGAUGGGCAGGGAACUCCGGUGGUAGGGCUCCCUUUUGA